AUGCCAAACUCAGAAAAGAAGGCCAGGAAAAGGAAUUUCUCACAAUGUGAGAUUGAAGUUCUUGUUGGGGAGGUGGACACCCGAAAAAAGAUGUUAUUUGGUGGGCACAGUGUGGGCAUUACUAAUGCCAAAAAGGUGUUAGAGUGGCAGCAUGUCGCUGACGCUGUGAAUACUGUGGGGUCAGCGGUUCGGACCAUCGCCGACAUUAAAAAAAAGUGGUCUGACAUUAAAUUGGACGCUAAAAAGCGAAUAGCCAUGCACAGGCAGAGCGUUUGCGCCACAGGCGGGGGAGAGGGGACACCGGAGCUCACACCGCUGGACGAGAGGCUGGCAGGGAUAAUCGGUGAACCCCUCCUGAGUGGAGUAGUGACGGAGGCAGAGGGGGACACCGAUUUACAAGAGGCACCGGAUGACUCAGUCGCUGCGAGUUCCAGCGGGGUCGGUGGCGCUGCAGCUGCGAGUUCCAGCGGGGUCGGUGGCAGUGCAGCGGAGGAGCUGUGUGCGCCCAACGUCUCCACUGCACCUCGUGCAACUGAGCCCUCCAGCAGCGGCCGGGUCCUCACCAAUGCAGUCCUGCAAAUGUAGAGAGAAACCAUCGACUCCAUCAACGCGGUUGCUAGAGAGUUGAAUGACAUGACAUCAAAAAUGUCUUCAUUGAAAUGAGUAAUACAAUGAAACAGUUCCUCAAUAAAUAGAUAUUUGUUUCCA